AUGCUGGUGCCGCUGGCCGGCGCGCGCCUGCCCCGCGACCGCGACCCCGCGCUGCGCGCCACCGGGCGCAUGGUGAUGCUCUUCCAGACGGCCUUCGACACCACGUGCGGCUUCGUGGCGCUGCUGCCCUGGCUGCGCCACCUCUUCCCGCACCUCACGGGCCACCGGAGCACCGUGCGCAGCUCCGCGCACCUGCAGCGCCUCUUCAGGGACGUCUUCUAUGAUCACAAGGCAACUUUCACGGAUACUCACAUGCGAGAUUAUUGCGACACGUAUUUGCAUGAAUUAGAAAAACUUAAAAAAGAAGGCGCUCUGGAAAAAUCAACAUUCUCU